UCGAGUCGUUCCGGCGUGCGCAACUGACUUUUGAGUCCAAACAAUUUUUUAAGUGUCCUGCACAAAACUUACAAGACUUAUUGCCGCUCGUAAUAAGCAAUGCCGUUGGACACUGAGAGGUUUAUCAAAGAGGUGGAAGCUCGGCCUUGCCUCUGGAACAACCACUCCCCGGAGUACGAGAGGAAGGGCCUGAAGACACGAGGAUGGAAGGAGCUCUGCGACAUCUUCGUCACCAACUACCCGGCCAUGGACUCUGCGGGCAAGAACAGAGAGGUUGUAAAUCUUCAGAGAAAGUGGAAGAGCUUGAGGAACUCCUUCAAUAGAGAGCUCAAAGCGAGGCGAAUGGGAGGCGAGGGGUCCUCGAGGAGACCUUGUCAGUACUUCGAGCAGCUCUCCUUCCUGAGGCCGAUCCUCGAGGCCAGGAUGCGCAACAUUCCCGAACAGCCCGCGGUGGAGCCCUCGCCAGGCACAUCAAGGACACGAGAAGAAGAAGUAUCGGAGCAAGAGGUGCCUGUACAUGGGGUCCCCUGUAAGAGGAGGAGGCUGUGUAGUCCAGCACUCGAACCUUCCGAUCACCUUCACAACGCCAAUUAUUGCAAUGGCACGGACUGUAACGAGGUACUUUUCUUCCAUUCCUUGCUCCCAUAUUUCAGGAGACUAACUCCUACAAAUAAAUUGAAUUUAAAAUUAGCUUUCAUGAAUCUAAUAAAAAGAUAUUCCAAGAGAAAGAUCAGAGCACCCAUUGUAAACGAGGAAGAAGGAUCUUCGAGGACUACCCCCGCUAUAAUAAAUGGGACCUCUACACCUGUGACCUCUCCAUCCGGAUCCUCUCCCCCGGACUCCUCUCCACCCGGAUCCUCUCCAACUGGGUCACCGCCGGGCGAUCAAGGCGCUCUAGGAGAGGAACUAGAAGUAGAAGAAGAAGAGGAAGAAGACGUAGAUCCGGAAGAGGAAGAGGAAGAUGAUUCAUCGAACUAUUCAUCGGAUACUUCACCCGGGCUGUCAGCUGGAUACACCGAUGAUUCUCCUGAGACAGAAGAUUGACCACCGAAAGAUGUGGCAAUAAAGUUGUCUAGGAAGUGGGCGGAAUCAAAAAAAAAUUUUAAAAAUA